CAUUUUUGGCCUAUCUAGGAAUCUGCACUUGCCGUUCCCUUGAGGCUGAGAGAGUGUGACCGUGUGCCCAAGGCCACCCAGUGGGUUUCCAUGACUGAGUCGGGAUUCAAACCCAGGCCCCAGAGUGAGACUCCAGCAGCCCCCAAACAGCCAGGUCAAAGAAAGAGAGGGGCCAGCCCUGAAAUGAAGAAACCAAGGGAGAGGUGGCUGCGGGGUUUCCGGAGCCCUUUCGCAGGGGCUGGGGGAGGGGCAGGGCAUGAGGCUGGUGAUCUUCUCCAAAUGGGAAAAUGAGAAUCUGGGAGGAAACUGGUUUCAAUGCUAUUUUUCCAACUGGCUGAAUUCCUCACAGGUGGUCAGAGUUCCAGGAUAGGCCUGCCUGGUCUCGAAACAGGGAGAGGAGAGUCUCCAUUGGAUUCUUCCUCCAUGGAAGAAACUACAAGAAAGAUGCCUUUGGAACAGGUAACCUUUGAGGAUGUAGCUGUGUAUUUCACAAAGGAGGAAUGGAACUUGCUGGAUGAGAACCAACAAUCUUUGUACUGGGUUGUGAUGGUAGAAAACUAUGAGAAUGUGUUCUCCCUGGGAGACCUUGAGAAUCAAUCUUGUCUGUCCUUGUCCUCUGCAGAAGACCUUGUGAAUCACACAGCAGAGAAACCACACAAAUGCCAACAGUGUGGAAAGUAUUUUGGUGAAAGGUCAUACCUCAGGAAGCACAUGAGAGUCCACACAGGAGAGAAACCAUACAAAUGCCAGCAGUGUCGAAAAUAUUUUGCUGGCAAGUCACUGCUUGAGAGACACCAGAGAUUCCACACAGGAGAGAAGCCUUAUGAAUGCCAGCAAUGUGGAAAGUGUUUUAUUGCAAGGUCAGACCUGGUGAAGCACUUGAGAGUCCACACAGGAGAAAAACCUUAUUAAUGCCUUCAGUGUGGAAAGUGUUUUUCUCAAAGGCCACACCUGGAGCAGCAUUUAAGAGUCCACACAGGAGAGAAAGCAUACAAAUGCCAGCAGUGUGGAAAAUGUUUUGCUCACAAGUCAAACCUUGUUAAACAUCAGAGAGUCCACACAGGAGAGAAACUGCACAAAUGCCGGCAGUGUGGGAAAGGUUUUACUGACAAGUCAGUUCUUGUGACUCAUCACAGAGUCCACACAGGAGAGAACGCAUUACAAAUUCCAUCAUGUGUGGAAAAUGUUUUGCUGACAUGUCAGCCCUUGUGGGUUCAUCAGGGAUGCC